CGUACCGGGAUCCUCCCUUCAGACGGUCGAGCGCUGGUAAGGAGACGACAUUGUCAGAGCUGUUUAACCAGAAACGAUCAGUUAAAGAAAUCGACCAGUAAGCAGACCAGGAUUUGUUUCCAGCCACAAUGAAAAGAUGGCGCGACUUCUCCGCAACUUGCUGUUUUUUGUGCUGAGACUUGCGCUGCGAUUCAGAGUUUGCGGGUAUUGGUCGCUGGUUUACGGUUAUUGUGCUGUCUGCACCAUCGGAGCUCUGCUGAAACUUUGCUGGAACAUCGUCUUGAGGCCGACAGAAACCUUCCGAUGGGUGAUUCGUGAAACUCCCCCGGCUUGUCUGAAUGACACGUCCUUGGGAACCCACUGCUAUGUCAGGAUCAAGGAGUCUGGCCUGAGGUUUCACUAUGUUGCUGCUGGAGAGAGAGGAAAGCCACUCAUGCUUUUUUUGCAUGGGUUCCCUGAGUUCUGGUUCUCGUGGCGCUACCAGCUACGCGAGUUUAAGAGUGAGUUCCGUGUGGUGGCCAUCGACAUGCGUGGCUAUGGCGAAUCUGAUUUACUGCUCUCCAUCGGAAGUUACCGCUUUGAUCACCUGGUCAUCGACGUGAAAGAUAUUGUGGAAUACCUUGGCUAUAACAGAUGCUACCUUGUUGGCCAUGACUGGGGUGGGACCAUAGCGUGGCUGUUUGCCAUUCACUAUCCUGAGAUGGUGACAAAACUCAUCGUCCUCAACUGUCCCCAUCCUACUGUGUUCACAGAUUACGCUCUCCGCCACCCCAGUCAGCUGAUGAAGUCCAGCCAUUUCUUUUUCUUCCAGCUGCCAUGUUUUCCAGAGCUCAUGCUCUCCAUCAAUGAUUUUAAGGCACUAAAGGCUUUAUUCACCAGUCGCAGCACAGGCAUCGGGAGGAAGGGCCGCUGGCUCACUGCAGAGGACCUUGAAGCCUACUUAUAUGCACUCUCCCAGCCAGGAGCUCUAACAGGAGCUCUCAAUUACUACAGGAAUGUUUUCAGCUCCCUGCCUUUGAGCCAGAACCACGUCCGGUCUCCAGUGCUGCUGCUGUGGGGAGAGCGGGAUGCCUUCUUAGAGCAGGAGAUGGCUGAAGCUUGUCGUCUUUACAUCAGGAAUCAUUUUCGCCUCAACAUUAUUUCUGGGGCCAGCCACUGGCUCCAGCAGGACCAACCCGAUAUCGUUAAUACCCUCAUUUGGACCUUCCUUAGGGAGUGAGAAGAGCAUAAAAGCUACAGGAAUUAAAUCCACAAUGAGGCCCCCUUCGUCCAGAACCCCCUCACUGCUACUCCUGAAACCUUGGAUAUGCCUGUGACACCAGUAGACAUAGUGAUGAUGCAAUCGUUGUUUAAAUUAUCUCAGAUAUUUCUUAAAGUCAACAGAUUUGGAGAGAAUCAAAGCACAUCUCGCUGGAGAGGACACGUAUUUAAUAUGUUUUCUGCACGACAUCCGCCUUAAAGUUUGUUGGUUUAUUGUGUGGUGCCUUUCAGCUUUGGAGUUAUCACAGUGUGAAAAUGUCCUGAGACAUUGGGACAUGGCGUUGUCAGCUGUGUUAGUGUUUCACCGGGCGCUUGGGUCUUCACUCUCCAGCUCACUUUGUCAGGUCAUGUUAAACAGCAGUUGUAUUUUCGUCCUUAAAGAUCAAAUGCUCAAACAUAAAAUACUGUAUCCUAAUCUUCCUGUAUAGAAGUGAUGUCUACCUAUUGUACUAUUUUGUAUAUCUUCCUACACACUGCAUUUUGAGAUUUACUGAGCCAGGUCUACACUGUUUGAUUUUUUUUUAUAAAUUAACUGACUUUAUAUAUACUGCUCAAAAAAUAAAG